CACUACGAGCGUACUUUUUCUAUAUAAACAAGUUCUUCGUUUGCGACUUUGGCGCUUACGAUUCGGGAGUCGAAACUUGUACGAUAGUUUUAACGGACGUUCAACAGUCGACUGUCUAGUGACUAGUGAGUGGUCGUGCGCUUUAUCAAAUGAGAUUCGAAUCAUUUUUGUUUCGUUUAUGUUGUAAAUAUUUGUAGUUGUAAAUAGUUCAUUUGUUAUUUUCAAUAUACUAACAUUCUUUCUUUAGGAAUUUAUAAUUAAAUUCAAUGUACAUUUUGUCGAAACAAAUGCAGUGAUUUAAGUACUAUGUUCGAGUUGUUAUUUUUGGCUUCACCGGACGGAUUUCAUCGUUAGAUGCUACUGUUAUUUUUUUGUAAUCCCUUUCGGUGCUUUUAAUUUGGUCAAAUAUGGGAGAGUGACGAAGAGUUACUUAAAGUUAAUAAUAAUCCGUGGGGUGAUGGUAGAAUAGGCUCGUUAAGACAAUAAAGUAUAAAUGAGUUGUGAAAUGUCUGCGUCCGGCGGCACCACGCCGACGAUGCCGGAGGCGCCGGCGCCGGCGGGGUCCGUGCAGCCUCUGCUUGAUGAUCGGGACUUGGAACCUCGAACGCCCAUGAAGAGGCUCGGCUCAACGAGGAAACUAGCGGCUUUUAGCAAUAUUCGUCUUCAGCUCGCGGAGCAGACGCGCGUGUUGGAGGCGCGGGCGGAGGCGGCGGCGGGGGUCGCGGCCGAACUGCACGACUACUGCAAGCGGCGGGCGGAUCUCGAGCAGGAACAUGCGCGCGCUCUCGACAAGCUGGCCCGCGCCGCCGCCCAGAGGCACAAGGACCAGAGACAUAAGCGCGACCAGUGGCCGAUGACCGGCGCCUACGCCUGCUGGCAAGCCGCCCUCGAGAACACGCGCGCUCUGUCCAGGGAUCACGCCGCCCUGGCCGAACUGUACGCCGGACCUCUGGCCGCGAGACUGCAGCGGGCGGCCGACGACGUGCUGCGACUGCAUCGCAAGUGUCGAGACGUGGUCGCCGAGAGACAUGAGGAGGUCGGCGCCGCCUUGGCCGAAGCCGCCGCCGGUGGGAAGGCGCACGCAGCCGCCGCCGCCGACUGGCGCGCCGCCGCACUCAAGCUGAGACACGCGCACGCCGCACGCGACGCGCUGCUGGCCGCCGAACCGCCCCGACACAAGAAGAUCAAGGCCGUCGACAAGGAGCUGGACAAGACACAGCGAGCUAGAGCGAAGGCGCUGCGUGCCCGAGCCGAUUACGUGUUGAGUCUGGAGGCGGCCAACGCCACGCUUCAAAGAUACUACCUCGAUGACAUCGCUGACAUCAUGCUGUGCACGGAGGUAGGGUUCGAGGCGGUGGUCGGGCGAGCCACUCGCACGGCCGGUGCGGCCGAGAGCGCUCGGGCCGCCUCCGCCGCGUCCGCCGCCGGCGCCCUGCUCGCCGCUGCGGACGCUCUGGACGCACUCGCCGACCGCCAACGGUUCGUGGCCGCACAUCCGACCGCCUUCGCUCCCCCGCGGCCCCUGCCCUAUGCGGGGGACCCUCCCGCCGUCCAGGACCGGAACAUGAGGGAGCUGCUGGGCGGCGCCGCCGACGAUGCAGACGCGGCCGACGCCGCCGCCAGGGAACUUAGGGCGAGGCUCGCUCAGCUCGAGGCCGGAGCCCGCACGCUCCGCGCUGAGUGUCGCGAGGCCGCCAAGACUUUGGACGCUGCAGAGGCUGAAUUGGUGAGGCAGAUGGAAGGACCCGAGGAGGCCUGGCGGGUCGACGCACUGUUCGGCCCCGGCGCCGUGCCCGCCGCGCCGCCCGCCGUCGAUGACGACACGCCGCGCCGGGACCAGGAAGACUACUACUUGGCGAAAUUCCGGUCAUACGUGUCUUGUGCGGGGCGGCUGGCGCGACUUGAGGCGCGAGCGGCGGCUGCCCGGGAGCGGCUGCUGGGCGGCGCGGCUCCUCCGCCCGCCCCCCGCUCCCCGCCUUCGCCCCCGCGCCGCUCGGCCGCCCGCCGCCGCGGGUACUUCGCCGCUCCGCUGGACGAAAGGCUGCCGGCCGUGCUAACGUCCUGCGUGCGGGUCAUCGCCGCCUACGGUCUGGAGCACCAGGGCGUGUUCCGCGUGUCCGGGUCGCAGGUAGAGAUGCAGUCGCUCCGGGCGGCCUUCGAGCGCGGCGAGGAUCCGUUGGCCGGGGUCAGGGACGCCUCCGACAUCAACUCCGUGUGCGGUCUGCUCAAGCUGUACCUACGCGAGCUACGACCACCGCUGCUGCCUCCCCAGCUCCAGGAGCGCCUGCUGCGGGUGGCCGCUCUGCCGGACGACGCCGCCUUCGUGCGUCGUCUGCGGGACACGCUGGGCUCGCUGCCUCUGCCGUCGCUGCUGGUGCUGCGGUACUUGUUCGCUUUCCUGGCGCACCUCGCGGAUCACUCCGACCGUAACAUGAUGGACGCGUGGAACCUCGCCAUCUGUCUCGGGCCGACCCUACUGGCCGCCUGGGGCGAGGGCGGCGCCCAGGUCGCCGCGCAGAAUCUCGUCAACGAGCUCGUCAAGAGAGCGAUCCUCCACCACGAGGAAGUGUUCCCGCAGGACGUCGCCCCGCACGCGCUCUACCGCCGUCUCGAGCCUUCCGACGCCGUCGACGCCGCCGAUGAAGCCGACACGACGGACGAGCCGGCCGAAGACGCCGCAGACGAGAGACCCUCCGAGGCCGCCGGGACCGCGGGGCCCGACGAUGACGACGACGACGGACGAGACCUGUCGCUGUACGGCGACGACGACGACGACGACGAUGACGUUACCGUGUCUCUCUCCAUAGACGGCGUCGCUGGCGAGGGCGAGGCAGCCGCCGCGUGGAGCAGGCCCGCCGCCCACAGGUCGUCCAGCGACGAGCGCCGCCCGCAGGUGACGAGUGACGCGCCGCCGCCGGCACCAGCAGUCUGCAGUCGUCUGGCCGAGAGCACCCCCGACCUCGUGCUGGACCUCCCCGCCAGAAGCGACCCCGCACUCGCCGCAGACACGUUCGCUCACAACAGAGACACGCUGAGGAAGAGGACGCCCGCCCCGCAACACAGACAGACCAGCUCAGAGGGUGCGGCCGAGGCGCGGGUGACGGAGGGUGACGAGGGUGCGUAUCCCGGCGCAGGGGGCAGUCCCGUCCCAGCGAGGAAUACGCUCCGGGUGGCCGCCAAGUUUGCGGAGUUGACAUUAACCGGAGGGUCGCUGAAGCCGGCGCUGGCCGCCAAGCCGGCCCUGCUGAGACGACCGGUCCCUCACCCCCCGCAUCCCCCGCACCCAGCGCCGCCUCCCCGUGCGCCCCUUCCCGGCGCCUCCGCCACCGCGACCGAUGAAACGGGUGCUACGAUGUGAUCUUAUAGACUUGGUCUUAUAUAGUCUGGAGCCGUCUCUUGUAUCGUGACUGAAUGUAUCCGCAACCAUCGACUCCGUGUCGUUCGGAUUCGAGAAUAUUUUGUAUCGUAUUGUAAUAUCUUAGCAUGUACCUAUAUCUAGAGCACACUAUAAUUAUUACUAUUAUUUUUGUAUACGACGUCCGCUCUACAAUAAACAGUAUUAUCUGCAA